AUCAGUAAUAUUUUUGUUUUGUUUUCAUCUACAAAAAUGACUCUGGAUACUAAAAUCCAGCAGGAAUACAAGAUCCUGGCAGAAUAUAAAAUGAUAAUGAGUGAAAAUGUGAGGGGUGUCUAUGUGAUUCCGUCUUAUGAAAAUUCUCUACAUUGGUUUGGGGUAAUUUUUGUACGCGAGGGUGUCUACAACGAAGGAAUAUUUAGAUUUUCAAUCACCCUUCCGGACAAUUUUCCAAGUGAUACAAAAGCCCCUGUGAUAGUUUUCAAAUCUGAAGUCUUUCAUCCAUUUAUAUGUCCUGAAACUAAACAAUUAGACACAAGGGAUGCCUUCCCGGAAUGGGAUACAACGUGUCAUUUGUGGCAAUUGCUCAAGUACUUGAUAUAUAUCUUCGAGCAGCCUGAAGUUUGCCUGAGUUCUACGUUGAAUGACCAGGAAGAAGGCAAAAAAGUAAGGAAUCAGGAAGCAUUGGAGAUGCUAAGACACAAUCGUGGAGACUUUCAAGCCAAAGUGAAGAAAUGUGUCCAGGAGAGUCAGGAAAAGGUCUACGAGGCGGUAGAUGGAGAGGAUAGGCAUGCAAUUGUUUUCGAGGAAUGGAAUUCUAAUGUUCAUGCAGGAAUUCUCGAGAAGAUUAAAAACAACCAACCUCUGGAUAUUGAUCAGGCAACAGCUACAGCAAAUACAGCAAUUUUUCCCUAGGAAGACUUUAUUAUUAUUUUUAUCAUUCUACAUGAAAUAUUAUUAAAUAAAUGGACGUAAAUAUUUUUCUUUAGAA